ACUUCCUUUCCUUUCGGCAGCGCGCGACGGCAAGAUGGCGGUGCAGAUUUCCAAGAAGAGGAAGUUUGUCGCUGAUGGCAUCUUCAAAGCUGAACUGAACGAGUUUCUCACUCGGGAGCUGGCUGAAGAUGGCUACUCUGGAGUUGAAGUCCGGGUUACACCAACGAGGACAGAAAUUAUCAUCUUAGCCACCAGGACACAGAAUGUUCUCGGUGAGAAAGGCCGGCGGAUCCGGGAAUUGACUGCUGUGGUUCAGAAGAGGUUUGGCUUCCCAGAGGGGAGUGUAGAGCUUUAUGCUGAAAAGGUGGCUACAAGAGGUCUGUGUGCCAUUGCCCAGGCAGAAUCGCUGCGUUACAAACUCUUAGGAGGCCUUGCUGUGAGGAGGGCCUGCUAUGGUGUGCUGCGGUUCAUCAUGGAGAGUGGGGCCAAGGGCUGCGAGGUUGUGGUGUCUGGAAAACUCCGAGGACAGAGGGCCAAAUCCAUGAAGUUUGUGGAUGGUCUGAUGAUCCACAGUGGGGACCCUGUUAACUACUACGUGGACACAGCUGUGCGCCAUGUGCUGCUGAGACAGGGUGUGCUGGGCAUCAAAGUGAAGAUCAUGCUACCUUGGGACCCAAGUGGUAAAAUUGGCCCUAAGAAGCCCCUCCCUGACCACGUGAGCAUCGUGGAGCCUAAAGAUGAGAUACUGCCUACCACUCCCAUCUCGGAACAGAAGGGCGGGAAGCCGGAGCCACCAGCCAUGCCCCAGCCAGUGCCUACAGCAUAACGGGGGCACGCUGCAUACUGGAUCUGGAGUCUGGAUGUUGCUCUGUAAGGACCUUUAAUAAAUGUGUAAAAAAAAGACA